UUGAAAUAGGUUUUUGCAAUUUGUGGUGAACUAAUGAUUCUGUAAAAAAUCAAAUUUAGACCACUAUUUUCAUAACAUUUAUAACGAGUUUUGCACUCAGUUUAAUGAGUUUACUGUACUAGUUACUUGAAUUAGUUAUAGCUUGAUUAUGUAUUAUACACUGCUUUGGUUUAAUGAAAAAACUGAUGUUUAAAUGAAAAUUGAAUUGCUGCAGUCUACAGGCUAGUUGUAUACAUAAAUUUCUGACAUACAUUUGCCUUAUUUCAGAUCAAUCUAAACAACUGCCAUUGAAUAUGGAGAGGUACCCCAAGAUGCCGACAGAGACCAUGCCCCGCUCAGGGAAGGUCAGCGAAGUGGUACAGGAAUGGCUGGUCAAAGAGGACGGAGCGCUCGCCACCCGCCUACAGAACGAGGAGAUCACCGAACACUACCAGCAGAACCGGAUGCGCAACGGCGUGCUGCGCGUGGACGCGCCGCGCGCGCGCAGCGAGCAGCUGAAGGAGGACGAGCGCGCCGCGCGGCUGGCUGCGCUCGAGGAGCAGCGGAAGUACGAGCAGUACGCGGCCGACGCGGACGUGGCGCGCCGGCUGGCCCUGCAGGCCGAGACGGAGGAGGAGUCGCGCCGCCGCCGACAGGAGGAGGACGACUUCGCGCUGGCCGCCCGGCUCCAGGAGGAGGAGCGACAGAGGCGCCGCCAGCAGCGCGAGGAGCGCCAGGUGCAGCACGAGGCGCGCCUGCUCGGCCUGGAGGCGCCCGUGCGCGAGAUGCGCCUCACCGAACCGCCGGGCGCCGAGCGCGUCUACCCUGACGACGACCUGAGCGACCUGAUGGCGCCGCCGCCGCUGGCCGGACAACCGCUCAGUGAGGACGACGUGCGCAGCUGGCAGGAGGAGCAGGAUGAGGAGGUGGCGCGCCUGCUGCAGGAGCAGGAGACCAAGCGGCGCGGCGACCUGAUACCGCGGGACCGGGUGGCCGCCAUUGAGGCGCAGGACCGCGAGCUGGCUAAGGUGCUUCAGGAACAGGAGCGCGCACGACUCCGACGCGCUAAAGAGCGCGCCAAAGAGAAGCGGCGCCAGCGGCAGCAGCGCGAGCGGCAGGCGGGCGGCGGCGGCUCGGGCGAUGACCUGUCGGCUGACUCGGCGGCUGAGACGGCGGUGAUGAAGGUGCGAUCGGCAGAUGCCGACUGCUGUCCGCCCCCACAGGCCAUCAGUCCCCUGCCGAGCCCGGCCGAGCUGCGCAGCCGACAGACAGCGGCGGCGGCCGGCGACGGGAGGUCCCGGGCCGGGCCGGCCGUCCAGCCCGAGGUCCGCCCACGGCCCGGACCCUCGCAGCCAGAGGUCAGGCCCUGGGGGUCGCCCUCGCAGCCGGAGGUCAGGCCCUGGGGCGCGCCCUCUCAGCCCGAGGUCAGGUCACGGCCCGGUCCCAGCCCGGCGGAGGGACGACCGAGAGGCAGCGGCGGCGGCGCGGGCGGCGUAUCCCGUCCCUCUGGCGCGGGGAGGACUCAGACCAGUCCCCAGCAGCAGCAGCAGCCUCUGCCGCCUCUGCCGGCGGCCAGCGUAGCAGGUGUCAGUAACAUCGCGAUGGUGAUCGACCCGACCUACCAGCGGCGCGUGGCCAGCGAGCUGCCCUCGGAGCAGCCCCCGCCGCCGGCGCCGGUACGGCAGCACCAGCAGUCGCCCACUGCCAUCGAGAGGCUCUCAGACGCAGACCUGUAUGAGGAGGACGAGGACGAGCCAGCGCCGCCGUAUAUGCCCAUCCAGGGCCAGCGGCGCACCAACUCCAUGGAGAAGGCGCGCCGGCGCCGCGGGAAAGAUGGAGCCAACUGUAAGCAGCAGUGAUCGCAGCAGCUCGUCAAAUUUUGAAGGAAUGAUUAAUAUCUCCACCGCAUAACCCCUGUGAUGAAGACGGGGGUGACGGUGGGAUCGAAAACUAGGUGACGCAGAUGUUUAUGCAUAUUCUCAACCACGAACACACGGUUCACAGGGACCAGUAUUUGCGAUUGGUAUUGCGGCUUUUGCCGAGUGCCAGUGAGGGCUUUACUCUAUCACAUUUAUCUCAAACGUAUGGAUCUGCAAGGAAGAUCAUGGUAUAGAUAAUCAUGUAGUCGAUAAGUAGGGUAGUUUUAUAAUAUAUGUCACGACUCACGUGAUUAGUCUUACAUCACGCCAAAAUACGUGUCGAAUGCUUCCAUAACCAAUCCGUCCUACCAUACUCUAGGCCCCAGAACUAAAUGGAGUUCGUUGUGGAGCGACCUCCUGUCAUCGUUGGACCAAAUGCUGAUGAUCCAUUGCUCACUGCAAUGAAACACUCACGCUCAAAUAUGGCGACCAAAUGUGAACAAAUCUGUAUCGUGAAUCUAUGUUUUGUAGAUCUUUUGAAUGUCGAGCUGUCUUUACUCGUUUUUCACUACGAUGUAUGAAUCUCAUGUUAUCGUAACUUUUCUACUUUUCUUGAUUGGGAGCUGGCGGCUGUAUUAUUAUCACGCUUAUGUUGAAGUUAUUGAUGUUCUUGUAUCGCAGCACUGUGUUGAACGCGCGGGGGGGGGGGGGGGUAGCAGUGAUGCGUUGGGUGUGUCUGUUUGCAUGGUGAAUGGCAAAUGUGUGUGAUAUUUGCGGUGGGGUUAGGAGUCUGGCAAUGUUUUGAUUGUUGCGUGUUGGGAACGAUCGGCUUUGGAUGAUGCUUUCGGAGGUAGCGGAUCGUACCGGCGGGCCGCUGUGGUUCACUUUUUUCACGCUGAGAGUGUAUUGUGACGGCCUUUCUGCUCUAUGUGAGUUGUUUGGCCGACAUGGUCUGCCGGAGAUGUGUAAUAUUAGCGUGCUGUGCUGGAUUGAAGUGAACAGGGGAACAACACAUUCUGUGACAAUGCCCGGGUGAAGGCCUGUGAUUUUGAUACUCUGCUGAGAGUCCCGGGUACCAGGAUCGGUCCCGUUUCUCCAUUCUGGAGACACCUCACUGCUGCACGAGACUCGCCGGCUGUUGUUUGGUGACUUGUAUCCAAUCAUCGCAGUGACCGGUUGUACGCAGGCGUCAGUAGCAAGCACCUCACUGGGCGGCGCGGGGUGCACCACAGAAGGGGACCACACGCAGCGGUGUGCUACUGUUAGCGGGAUGUGUGACCGGUGGCUGCACGGCGCAUGAACUACCGAACUGUCCGCACUCCCAGCCCACUGCUGGUUAUCUGGUGUAGCCUCGCUCGCCGAUGUCCUGUAACACUGAUCUGACGCCUCUCUCACCAGACUCAUACUCUGAGCUGGGCUGAAGAGCGAGUGGCUCCCGUCCACCUGUACUGCGGCCGGAAAGGAUUGGUGACCGGUUGUGCUGCUCCGGUCUGAGGCUGGUCACUCUUGGACUCGGCGCAGCGCUCAGCGGUGGCUCGCGGAGGCUUUCUUGGCUUGUGGUGGUCCUUGAUUGAUGAUGCUGAUCUGUGUCCAAUUUGGCCGAAUCUGUUCCACCAUGCUCACAAAUAUAUAACAACAGCAAUAUAAGCUAAACGAUGGUGUCA